AUGUCCACUGCCGUCUCUCAUCCCACCGGUUCCCCUGUGCUGCGCCCGCGUGCCACCAAGAAGGAGUUCAAGGAGAACCAGGAACCGACGAAAACCCCCAGCUCAAGUGGCCAAUCCACACCCGUUCCCGAUGACGCCCCCCCUUCAGCUCACGUCUUGUCCCAGGCUAGGAAACAGACCCGAGCCCGGAGGAUCUUCUACUCGAUCGACUAUACCCCCCGCGUCUCCUAUCUCGACCCCAGGAGCGAUUAUCACAAAUUCGGUGGCUUCUUCAACCUCUUCUGGAUCGGCUUGCCCAUCAUGUUCUUCACAAAGGUCGCGAGGAACUACAAGGAGACCGGAAAUAUGCUGCUGACCGGCCCGUGGUCUCUGUUGGUCGCCAAUAUCUGGUCGCUGGCUCUCAGCGACCUGGCUAUGGUCUCUACCACGGCCUUGUCUUUGCCGCUGCAUCGUCUUUACCGGAACAGUAACGGGUGGCUUCGGUGGUCGCGUGGCGGCAUAGUCGUGCAGAGCUUGUAUGAAUUGGGCUGGUUUAUUCUAUGGGUGAACUGGCCAUUCAUGCUCCAAUGGACCUGGACCGCUCAAGUCUUCUUCAUGCUCCACACCCUCACGUUUCUCAUGAAAAUGCAUUCCUACGCCUUCUACAACGGCCACCUGAGCGAAUCCCAGCGUCGUCUUGCCGAUCUCGACAAGCCCAAUCCAAAAACCACGUCCAUGAGUGCUGCCGUCCGCUACCCCGAAACAGCCAGCGGAACCCGACCGCCGAAAGAGAAACACCACGACAACUGCCAUCAUGACGGCGACUUCCUCGCCCAGCUUCGUGAAGAUCUGGCCAUGGAACUGACCUCGCCGCUUGGCCGCGUCACAUACCCCCAGAACCUCACCUGGCUUAAUUACUUGGACUACGCGUUCUGUCCGACCAUCUGCUACGAGAUCGAGUACCCCCGCAGCGAAGGCCGGAGCUGGUCCGAAGUGGCCAUCAAGGUCCUCGCGGUCUUCGGAUGCAUCUUCUUCCUCAUCCUUCUCAGCGGAGAGUUCAUCACGCCCGUCCUGAUCGAUGCCCAGUUGGAAAUCCGUGAAGCGAGAAGCCCCUCGGAGACUGCCUUGAUCCUCGCCGAGACUAUCAGCAUGCUGAUGUUUCCCUUUAUGAUUGCCUUCCUUCUCGUUUUCCUCGUCAUCUUCGAAUAUGUCCUUGGGGCCUUUGCGGAGAUUACUCGGUUCGCUGAUCGGAAAUUUUACUCGGACUGGUGGAAUUCAUGCGAUUGGCUCGAAUUCUCCAGCGAAUGGAACAUCCCCGUCCACCACUUCCUCCGGCGACAUGUAUACUUCCCGACGAAAAUCCACUUCUCCAAGCCAGUUGCCAUGUUCGUCACUUUCUUCCUCAGCUCCGUUGCUCACGAGCUCGUCAUGAGCUGUAUCACGCAUAAAAUGCGCUGGUACGGAUUUUCCCUCAUGAUGUGCCAGUUGCCCAUUACGUCGAUACAGAAGUCGAAGAUUUUUAGGGGGCAUAAGACGAUGAAGAAUGUUCUUUUCUGGUAUUCGAUGAUACUGGGUCUUGCGAUGAUGUGCACUCUUUACGUCCUUGUAUAA